UUCGGAGGGGCACCCUCCUCCUCCUGGUGUGCGUGUGAAUUAUUUAAAGAGCCGCAAGCUCGGUGCGCAGCGGCUGCGGCGGCCGGGGAGGCGCCGGCGGCCGCCCGGGGGUGCGGGGAGACCCGGCCCCGCCGGCCGCGGCCUCGCUCGCCUCCCGCCGCCCGGCUGCUUUCACAGCAGCUGCGGGCAAGGCCACGCUUCCCUCUUCUCGCCUCCCCCCGACUGUCUGUUACCGCCCGCUCCACCUCUACCUGCGAGCGGGCAGCCUGUGUCUUCGGUGCUUUCUCCAUUGCCUCUUGUCGGUGGCACAGGCUCGGCUCCCUGCUUACCCCAAAGAUGCCUUCUCAUCGCUUCGGGCUCCUGAGGGACGUCGCUGUUUCCUUGCUAGACUAAAGAUCAAGCAUGGAAUUGUUGAGGAAGAAAACUAUUGCAUCCUUGGACUCCUGAAGGAAGAGCUUUCCAGAUGGGACCACUUUCAAGGGUGGAGUGAAAAGCAGAUUCACAAAGAUCCAGCAUUGAUGCUUGAAAGGAAUUUCAUGUGCUUGGCGGAGAUGGAAAAAAAUGAAAAACAAGCUGGCUUCCUGGAGAAAGAAGGCGGCAAAUGCUUAAUGGAACUUUAUUGCUGUGGAACCCUGUUUUGAGUGCUCCUCCUAGACAUCUUUCAUAAAUCUUCUAGAUAGCAGCAGAUUGAUAUGAUUGGAAACCUGGCUCAUCAAACAGCAUCCACUGGAAGAAGCCUGCUUGGAAUAUGACAUUUUGUAUUGUUUCUGAAAGUCUGUGAGAAAACACUAUAGACAUCUACGUAUUGUUUCUUAACUCUGCAUCUCGAUUCAGCUACAGCAAAACUAGCCUUUGAAGUGAAUAGAACCAGAGCCCUUUCAGAAACUUUUAUUGAACAUGACUCAUGGAGAAGAGCUUGGCUCUGAGAUGCACCAGGAUUCUGUUGUUCUAACUUACCUAGAGGGAUUACUAAUGCAUCAAGCAGCAGGAGGCUCAGGUACUACAGUUGACAAAAAGUCUACUGGGCAUAGUGGAGAGGAUCAAAACUUUAAGAUUUCUGGAAAUAUAUUUCCCAGCUGUCAAAGUAAUGGUCCAGUUCUUAACACAAAUACAUAUCGGGGAUCUGGCAUGCUGCACCUCAAAAAAGCAAGACUGUUGCAGUCUUCUGAAGACUGGAAUGCAGCAAAGAGAAGGCGGUUGUCUGAUUCCAUUGUGGAUUUAGAUGGAAAAAAGGAAGCUUUGUUAGCUGGCAUGGUAGAAAAUGUGCCUAAAGGCAAACAGGAUAGCACAUUACUUGCCUCUUUGCUUCAGUCGUUCAGCUCUAGGCUGCAGAGUGUUGCUCUGUCACAGCAGAUUAGGCAGAGCCUUAAGGAGCAAGGGUAUUCCCUUAGCCAUGAUUCUUUACAAGUGGAGAAGGAUUUAAGGUGCUAUGGUGUUGCGUCCAGUCACCUGAAGACUCUGCUGAAGAAGAGCAAAGCAAAAGAUCAGAAGCUGGAUAACAGCCUGCCUGAUAUAACAAAGAACCUGCCCAAAGAGAGGUUUAUCGAAUCUCCUCAUGCGGUGCAGAGCGGACCUAAAGUGAUCAAUGAGCCACUGUCAUGUGCUGCAAGAUUACAAGCUGUUGCAAGCAUGGUAGAGAAACGAUCUAGUCCUGCUGCUUCACCGAAGCCCAGCGUAGCGUGCAGCCAGCUAGCUUUACUCCUUUCAAGUGAAGCUCACUUGCAGCAGUACUCCAGGGAACAUGCUUUAAAAGCACAAAAUGCAAAUCAGGUAGCAAGUGAGAGACUUGCAGCUAUGGCCAGAUUACAAGAAAGUGCUCAGAAAGAUAUUGGCCAAUUUGGUUUAGCAAAAGGAAUUACAAGCCAUCUCAAUGGUCAGACAGGAUCAUCAACCAAAACAGCAUCUAGCAAAAGCAAUAUGGCACCAUUUCAGAGUUCAGUGGGAAUCAUGCAUUCGCCUCCCAAAACUGUGGGAUACAAAGGUACUUUGGAAAGGCGUAACCUGAAAACCUCUCCCAGCAACAGUUUGCUCUUGCAUCUACUGAAAAGCCAGAAUACCACCAAACAUGUAAAAGGGCAUGAACAGAGUGAGAGAGUCAGCAUUUUUGAAGACAGCAGCACACCAACAACUAUUGAUGAGUAUUCAGACAACAAUCCUAGUUUUACGGAAGACGACAGCAGUGAUGAUGAAAGAUCCCAUUCUAGCUGUCUUCCUAUAGACCUAUCCUUUAAACAGAGGACAGAUAAGCCAGAUGCGGGUCCACCUGCAUCACUGGAUAACCUGACUCAGUCCUUGCUUCAUAACUGGGAUCCAAAAGUUUCCUGUACAGAGAACAAGGAAGACAAAGACACUCCAAAAGCUUCUAAGCUGAAUCCUCACCAUAAAGUAACACUGCUUCAGCUGUUACUUGGCCAUAAGAGUGAAGAAAAGGUAGACAAGAGUCACGACCCUCAGGGACCACACAGUGCGGCUGAUGUGGCAAAAUUCACUGUACAGACUGGUAAAAGGACUCCUGUUACUGACAGUCCCAGUGCAAAUCGAAUGACUCCGUUAAGCACUCCACCUCUGCUGGCUUCUACAAAAGCAGACUCACCUAUCGAUCUCUCACACCAAUCGUUAGCCAUCAAGCGUAGCUCGCCACCGUAUGCCUGCAGCAUCCAGCCGGACAGGCUGGUGAAUCCCGCAUCUAAACAUUUGAUAGACCUUUCUAAAAACAAAGAAAUUCAAGGAACCAAGCUGAGCAGGAACAAUAGUCCCCAGAACUCUUCGGCUUUCAGCGCCAGCAAGCUGUUGCAGAACCUCGCUCAGUGCGGCAUGCAGACUUCCAUGUCAAGUGAAGAACAAAGAGCUAGCAAACAGCUGCUGGCAGGGAACGCAGAUAAACCUGUAGGCCUGAUUGAUAGAUUGAACAGUCCUCUGCUUACGAAUAAAUUGAGUACGCAUGAAGAAAAUAACAAAAUAUUCAGUUGUCAGCCUGCACCCACUGAACAAGGACUUCCAGGUUCGGAAAUAGAAAAUCUCCUUGAAAGGCGCACUGUCCUUCAGCUGCUGCUGGGAACUCCCAAUAAAGGUAAAAGUGAAAAGAAAGAGAGGAUGCUUUUAAGAGAUGAAAGUUCUCAAGAACAGACAGAUAAGGCUUUGAAUGAGCAAAUAUUGACGGUGAAAAUAAAAACUGAACCAUCUGAAGAAUCAAAUGUUCCUUAUAAUUCAAAUGCACAACAAGUAAGAGAGUGCAAGGGUAACAAAUUUCAAGGAUUUGUUCAUUCACUGCAGAGGAACACAGCUGCUUCUCCAGCAUCCGAGGAGUUGAAAUCUGAGCCUCUUUCGCCUCAGGAUUUCUCUUUUUCCAAAAAUGGCCUGCUAAGUAGGUUGCUGAGACAGAAUCAAGACAGUUACCCUGCAGAUGAGCUGGACAGAAGUCACCGAAACAAUGAGCUGACACACCUUGAAUCAAAGAGUCUUUGCACAGUACCGAAGAAGAGGAAGCUUCACACUGAGCCUUUGGAAAGUCCAUUAAAAAAGAUUAAAAGUAAUGUGUCUGAUGCUGCAAACAAUCAUUCUUCUCCUACAGAGGCACUAUACGGGCCUUUGCUUAACCAGCAAGAACUGAAAUUCAGCAGAAGUGAUGCUGAAUUUAAAUAUGCUGUAAGUCAUGGUUCAAAUAAUGAAAGUGAAAAUAGGAGUUGGUCUAGAGAUAGUAAAGGCUUUAAUGUGUUGAAACAGCUGCUUCUCUCAGAAAACUGUGAGAGAGAUCUGUCACAACAUAGGAAUAAUGUACUAACAGAGGGCAAGAAAAAAGGAAACAAAACCAGUGCAACAAUUAUUAAACCUGAAUUCAGCAUUUCGUCGGUAAGUUCAUUAAUGGCCAGCCCUGUGCAACAGAACAAUUGUGUAGAUCAUAGAACAUUUCAGUAUCCUGUAGCAGUAAAAAGCCCUGCCAGUUCCCCUUUCCCUGAACAUUUGGGGAGUACGGUAUCUAGGCUCGAGUCCGACCAGUUUAGCAUGUGUCCCGUGCCCGGUGAAAAAGGGCCCAUCAGAUGGGUGAUCACAGGUAUGGACAAGAAUGAUUAUGAAAAAGACUCUCCAAGACUGACCAAAACCAAUCCAAUAUUGUACUACAUGUUACAGAAAGGCGGCAACUCUGUUAGUAGCCAAGAAGCACAUGACAAAGAAAUCUGGAAUGAACCUUCAUAUACCGAUAGUUCAACUCAUGUUACAAUCAAAGAGGAGCUGACAUCCAACGCAGAGCUGAAAACUCCUUUUAGUAACUUUGACAAAGAAAUCUGGAAUGAACCUUCAUAUACCAAUAGUUCAACUCAUGUUACAAUCAAAGAGGAGUUGACAUCUGAUGCAGAGCUGAAAACUCCUUUUAGUAACUUAAGAAGCCCUUACAACAGCCAUAUGGGGAGUAAGACCUCUCAUCAACAUGGUGUGAAUGGAGAAAUGCAUGGACUUCUGGAAAAAGUGCUAACAAUCAAAAAAGAGCCAGAAUAAACUACAGCCUCCUCAGUGAGUUUACAAUCAGUGGUUUUGAAUCUUUGUUUUUAAAAAAAAAAAGAAAAAAAAAUAAAAAUGAGUACGAACUUGACUACUGUAUAAAUCGAGCAUGAUUUUAGAAAAGCAUGGUCUAAUUGAAACAUGUUUUCAUUUGAUAAACUUUUUAUUUUUCUGGUGAUGUUAUUUAAAAUACAUGUAGAUAAAAUUUGCUUUACAAUAGAUUGUCACAAGGAAACUAAAAAGGUUGUAAUUUGUACAAGACAUUUCUGUAUGUAUCAGAUUAAGUUAUGAGUACUCUUUGAUCAGAGUCUUAUUUGGAUCUGCAAGUUUUUGGUAUAGCAUAAAGUGCAAGCGUACAGCCUAGGUGGUGGUAAUGCUGCGUUUCUUCCCUCCCUGUAAAAUAAUCCUUAUUUUUUGGAAGCCUGAGCAUAGAGACAGUGUACUUUUUUUUUUUUUGGGAAUGUUUAAUAUGUUUUGUGAAAUUUUAAGAAUAACUUCUAAGAAAUAGAGCUGUCCGUCCAGGGUAUUAGCUCGUCAUAUUGGAAAACCUGUGUCAGUGUUAAUAAUUGAAAUGCACUGAAAUGUAUUUUUUAGUGCUUCCAAAAUUUUUAUUGUUAUUUUUAAAUCUUGUUUGUGGUCCUGCCAGAAUAGUGGUGUAAAACAUAUUUUUCUUCCUUGCCCUGCUCUCGACAACUGCCUUCCUCAGAAUCCUUAGCCGUAGUUAUGAGUUACUAGUUACAAUUAAGGGGGUUUUUUAGGUUUUUAUACAAAAGGCAGAUUUUCAUAGGCCAUGCAAGUACUGCAUGAGUCGUCUUGUCGGCGCAUUCCUGUCACUUCCCUGCUUAAAAGGGGAGAGUCAAAAUGCCUCUUGGAGUAGUGCGAUUAAGAAAGCUUAGCGCAUAUAUUUGGUGAGGAAAAUGGUGGAAAGUUUGUGAAGCGGAUGAGCGGAAUUGUCUGUUUAGCACCAUCCUGCUUCCCCUGCAGAAUAUUACCAGCUGUGCUAAAGCAGCACAUCAGACUUCCACUCAAAGAUGGAAUAGGAUUUUAAUGAAAAAUGCGUUGGCCUCUUCCUACAACCAGGGAGAAGAAUCCAUAUUCUGCCAAUAUUUAUUACUCUCUGAACAGCUGAUGCAUGGUUUAAUGCACUACCCUUUCACUGCAGAAAACCUGGUUUUGGAAUAAUUUUUCAGUUUGCACUGAGAAUGAAAUUGUGGUUUUGUCAUGUUCUGUAAUGGAUAGUGGGACGUGUCUGAGAAAUCUUCCUCUGCCCUUUUCCUCAAUCCCCACCUGUGCUGUGAUUUGUAACAUCUGGCAGUAUCGGCCUGAGAUGGGAGUAACUGAAAAUUGCAGUCAAAGCUGAGACACCUUAGAAGAAUUGCUGGCUAGGGAAGAGCCACGCGGCUCGGCUUUCCUGUUAACGCUGUCAGUGUUAACUCCAUUUGCAGCCCUUAUUUCUCAGAGGGGAGGAGGAGGACAAAGUCCUGUUCCUCUAAAUUAUAUGCAUUAUUGGCAACCAUAAGUUUUGCUGAACUCUUUACUCCCCUGGAAAAAAAUGUUCUCUGUAGCUUCUGAUUUCACUGAUAGUCCCCUAUGCUCUCAGCAGACAGCUAAGUAGUUGGCUUGCGUAGCUAAUGAAAACUACACUCUGUUUUAAUUUUGACCGUUUUCACUAUUGAGAGCCGAUGACAUGACAAAACUGCUGUUUCUGUCCAUCUCAUGUUUGCGUAGCAGAGACGAGCGAUGAGGCAUUUUGCUCUUUUCUUUCUGGUUUGGUUUCAGAGAUCCUUUUCCCGGCCUGCUGGCUUACAGAGACAGAGCGAGCUGUUGUCCCCCUCGCGUCCUCUGCGCCUUGCCUGGGAUCAGUUUCCCUUCUUUCCACUGCAGUCCCUGCUGAAAGGGAAUUCUCCUGUCUGCCAGCUGGAAAAUGCACCGCUAUUCAGUUUUACCCCCUGGGGGAUACCUUCUUUUAGGGAACACAAAUAUUUGGCAGUACCCAAUAUAAAACAUUCCCCCUGGUUUAUAUGAGAAAUAACAGAGCGAUUUAAAGAUAUAUUUUUAUGUUAUUUGGGUGAAGCGUAAUAUAUUAAUGGGCUGUACAAAGAAGAUUUAUAUUUUAAAACCUUCACACAAAUCUAAUAUCAUUUUAAAUGUCAUUGUCUGAAGUAUAAUAUAAAAAUAAUUUUUUUUUGUCUUUAAUAUUGCAUUUAUAAGUGGCCCAAUGACAAUUCAAAUGUCUCAUAGAAUAAUCAUUAAUGAGAUAAAGUAUAUUUUGGAUUGACAGUGGAACUGAAUUCUUUUUAUAUGAGUCAACCCAGCAGAAAUAUUAAAAAGAUAGUAUUUGUUCCAUCCAUGAAAUGUCUCUUAAAGUCUUAAUUGAUUAUUUUUCUUGAAACAACAUGUAUAUAGGUAGGAAAUAUAUAUAAUAUAGAAUAAUAGAUGGUCCCCAGAGUAAAUACAGGGCUAUAAUCUACUUGAAGGGCUCCACAGGAAAAUGCAGCUUGAAUGGAUGUGAAAUAAUCUGGUUGGAAAAACUUCAUCAAAACAAAUUUGAGCUGAAAAGUAGGGAGGAGAGUCUAACCCUAACAAAAAGUAACAUUGGAGUCUAGGAGUGUGCUUACCUAUGUAUUUAUUCUAUGGUAGUCUAUUGCUAUAAUAUAUACUUUUGAAUAUUUAGUUUUUAAAGUUUUAUAAAACAUUUAAGUUAAAAUGUUAACAGUUUGACCAGUUAAUCAUUUAGUUUUCUUUGUAGGUGAUGGUAAUGAAAGGGUAUUGCCACUCUCACAGAUGUCAGUAAACUAUAAUAGACAAGAAUCUAAGUUUAGGACAUGCCGUUCAUGGAAGAAUCUUACCUCUCAUAGAUGUUGCAAUCUCAAGCAGCACGUAACAUAACGAUGAGGCCCUUGAGAAGAGGCUAGGGCAUGUCAACUGAAUGCUUUUCAGACAGCUGCUACGAGGGCAACAGUCUUCUAUGUGAAAUUCUCCAGUAUCACUGAUGUUACCUGUCCCUAGGGAAGAGAGGUCGUCUUUAAAAUCUACCCCAUCCACAUCUACAGCCUUUAAACCUGAGGACCUAAGGCUUUUUCAUCAUUUAUCUUGCAGCAUGGGUGAAUAAAAAGAAGUCACCAUUAUUCUCCUUGGGGACUUUUCCCUCUCAGUUGUUCUAUCAGAGCUGGGUUUGCUGCACCAGCAGAAGGACCAGUAGGGCUGGCCACAUUUUUCCCAAGCACCUCAGAGAUCCUUGAUCUCCACCAGUCCCUGUAGAUGAAUGACAGACCAAGGUCAUCUGUUGAGUGUAACGCUUGGUAUUCUCAGCAACUCCUGUCUCCUUGGUACAGUAGACAUUUACUACUAGGAUAUGCAUUUUGGCUGUCCCUAAUAUGCUUCUUUAGUCUGCAAGUGGAAGCGUCAAAGAUAGCUCUGCAAACUCAGGAGGCUGAAGUUUCAGCUAGGCCGUAGACUACAGACUUGAAGAAAAACAGGGCCUUGUCAGAUAGUGGCAGAAGUAGCUGUGUAGGCAAAGAGGUGCAGGAUUGAUGGGUGCUGUUGUGCAAUCUCGCCAUCAAAAGAACAGGGAGGGAGAGGAGAACACGUCCCAGUUCUCUCCCACCCAGUCCCACGGGUGAGACUGCUGGGGGAAAGCUGCCUCCACCUCGUGGAGCAGCGAAGUGAGUUAUGGAUGCAUCUAUACCACGCUUGUAAUUGCAGCCCCUUGGGACUUAGACCUGAAUUAACUUUAACCUCGCUUAACUGGGAAUGGUUGCAGCAGCAGCAGCUGGGUUGCUAAGUGCCCGAUGCCUUGCUCGAGGGGGCAUCUACAGGCUCAUGCCGCUUCAUCCAGUGUGGCGGUGUAGCCCUUAAACUAGCUAGAUUUGGGGAUUGACUUGCAAUUGCCACGCAGAUAUGCCUUUUCUUUCCAGAAGAAAGCGUACGGGACUGAGAUAACCAGAUUUCUAGUGUCUCCUCUGCCAAAGUUUGAGGAAAUGAUGGGGGGCAAUGCAUGACCACAGAAUCAAAGGUGUUUUGCUGGAGGGCUUCUCUCUACUGAUACCGCAUAACCAGGCGGCUCAGUUUGAGAAGUUUAUAAAAGUUACGAGAUCAAAAGGGAAUUCAGCCAUAACUUUCACUUUUCUUAGCCAUUUACUCUUAGUAAUGUUUUUAAAUUUUUAAUUUACAAAUGUUUUUAAAAGAAAGAAAUGAAUGGUUUAAAUUUUCCCUGUUAAAUGUUGGUGAAAGUAUUACAGCUCUCAUUGACGUCAGUGACAUGAUAUUACCAGUUUGUUCUCUGCCACAUCUUACAGAGGAGUAAACUGGUAAGUAUAUAUUAUAUAUAUUUAUAUAUAAUGUAAAUAUAUUGACUUGUUACACCUAUUAUAAUAUGUUGAAAUUGGUUUUUAAAAGGUGAUGUAAAUAGUGGUUUCCUUAAUGAAAAAUACAUAUUUUGUAUUGUUCUAAUACAAAGGAAAAAAACCCUUUUAAUCUUUUUUGUUAUGUAUAUUCCAUGUAUAAGUGUAAAUACGAUCACAUAGGUUUAAAAACUUUUGCAUGUAUGUAUACAGUUGCAAGUCUGGAAGAAUGUAUAGAAAAAUACUUUUAUUUAAAGUUGUGAUUACCUGCUGCAUGAAAAGUGCAUGGGGGACCCUGUGCAUCUGUGCGUUGGCAAAAAAAAAAAAAUGUCUUAACAAGUCAGGUCAGUUCAAAACACAACAGUAUUCCACUUCUGGACAUGACUUCUGCUGUGGUAUUUUAGCUUUGUGAAAGAAUGUGCUUCAAAUCAAAAGGGUCUGGGGGAAAAAAAUAAAAAAACAAAACAAAUUGCAAAACUACUUUUAAAACAUGAAGUACUCAUAAGUCUAUAAUCGGUCAUGUAAGUUCAGGGCUCCAUUUUGCAUAAUUGAAAUAUUGUACCAGGACUAUUACAUCCCUGUAAAACAAAGGAAUAUUGAUUUUCAUUGCCAUACAUAAGAAUGCGGGAUUUUACCACAACCGAUUUUAUUGUGAUGUGUCUUCAGUAAUUUAUCUAACUGGUCUCAUUUUUUAUUAGAAAUUAAUUUCCUCAUGUGAUGUCACAAAACUGUACAUACUGCAGUGUGAAGUUUUUUUAAAUCUUUCAGUGUUUACUUCCUGCAGAAGAUUUGAAUAAAUGAGAAAAAUGCAUUGUC